UUAUUGGCACUCCAAAAGAGGAUGAUCUGGGUUCCUUGGAUGAAGUUGGCAGAAGAUCUAUCCGCCGACUUCCUUGUUACGCCCGGCAGUCAUUCGCAGAAAAGUUUCCGCAGAUGCAUUGCGCAGCAAUUGACCUUGUUGAGAAGAUGUUGACAUUCAAUCCAAGCCAGAGAAUAACUGUAGAAGAUGCUCUUGCACAUCCUUACUUUGCAUCCCUGCAUGAUACAAGUGAUGAGCCAGUAUGCAUGAAGCCCUUCAGUUUCGACUUUGAAAAGCACGUACUCACCGGGGAGCAUGUGAAGGAGCUAAUUUACAGAGAGGUCCUUGCAUUGAAUCCUGAGUACCAGACCUAAGAGCUUUGGAAAUUUUAAUUUACAGUAGGAGCUAAUUUAUAGCAGUGUCUUAAGAACCUUAAGUUUAUGUGGAUUUGUUUGCAACUGUUGUACAUAUCUGCAAUCCUUUUCUUUACCAAACUUAAAUUCAACCUGAAUCUUAAGAAUGAUG